UCAAAUUGGCCAAAAGGGUAAAAGAUGUUAUACAUUUGAAGGUCACAGGCGGGUUAAGCCAGUGCCUCGUCAUAACCACAACAUGUUGUAAUGCUCCAGUCACUAUCAUAAUUAUAUCAGACAUUUUAUGAAAAACAUUGAUGAAAAAAAAAAACAAUUGCAAUGUGUUGUCGGUGAGCGUUGUGCUGAUGUCAUAUUUCCAACUUGCCAGAAUGGUAGUUCACAACUUUAUAAUAUGAUGUUAUUAUACAUCAUACGCCAUUUUUCAUUUACAUUGUUGUUCCCAGCUGGAAGUCCAGACAAACAAGUUUGUUGAUUAUUUGGUCCCACCAUGGUACCUUCAACUGACCCGUGAUUGGCCCGUUUAGUUUCCAAGGCCCUGCUGUUGCUUUCAGAACAAGUAUUUAAUGCAGGGAGCAGCCACUGCAGUCACCGGGAGGAACUGUGACGUACGCACAGGGAACGCAGACGCUCUGCAGCUCUCUGAUUCGCUGGUGACCCGUGUCAUGUGGAGCUUCAUGCAGUGAAACAGAAAUUACAUUUUUGACAAAUUUGUGAAAUUUGGCAGAUGAUGAAAAACGUUACAGGUGUCACACUGUUUACUCUUUCAGGUUUGGAUUUCCAAUUUGAACAAAGAAUUGCCCUCUUCUUUCUAACUCUACUGUGGUACUUAAUGAUUCUUUGGGGAAAUGUUGCUCUUAUUGUUGCCAUUAUUAGAGAUAAACAACUCCAUCAGCCGAUGUAUAUCUUCGUGUGUAAUCUAUGCAUCAGUGGGCUCUAUGGAACCGUCGGUUUUUACCCGAAAUUCCUUUUGGAUCUUCUGUCAUCGCAUGUCAUUUCUUAUGCCGGAUGCAUGUUACAAGGUUAUGUAAUACACUCAUCAACUUGUAGUGAUUUCUCCAUUUUAACUCUGAUGGCAUACGACAGAUAUGUGGCUAUAUGUCGCCCUCUUGUUUACCAUUCGGUUAUGACGAAGCAGAGAAUCCUCCUCUUUGUGCUUUUAAGCUGGUUUUUACCUCUGUUUUGUAUGUUUAUGAACACAGCAUCAUUAUUGGGAGUGAGGUUAUGUGGUUUACACAUAAAGAAGAUCUACUGUGUGAACUGGAUGAUAGUUACUCUAGCUUGCUCACCACCCAAAGCAAAUGCUGCAAUCGCAUAUUUUAACAUAUUGUUUUAUUUUGGACAUUUUUUGUUUAUCCUUUGGACUUACGUUUAUUUGAUAAGAACAUGCAUAGCCUCAAAAGAGAGGCAAAACAAGUUCAUGCAGACAUGCUUGCCACAUUUGAUCUCUCUGGUUAUUUUUUCGACAGCUGUGCUUUUAGAUGUAUUGUACAUGAGAUUUGGGUCAUCAAAUUUUCCCCAAAACCUCUUUAAUUUUAUGGGCAUACAAUUUCUGCUUAUUCCUCCGAUGGUGAAUCCACUUGUUUAUGGAUUCAGCCUCACAAAAGUUCGCAGUAAAUUGUUUAAAUUAGUUAAUAUUAAAAAAAAAGAUGCAAAGUGUCAUCCAACGAUUUUCCAUAUGAGAGUCAAGCUCUCAAACAUCGACAGGGGGAAAUAA